GAUAAUGGCCAGAACCAAGCAGACCGCUCGUAAGUCCACCGGAGGUAAAGCCCCGAGGAAGCAGUUGGCUACUAAAGCCGCUCGUAAGAGCGCACCCGCCACCGGUGGCGUUAAGAAGCCUCAUCGUUACAGGCCCGGUACCGUGGCUCUGAGAGAGAUCCGUCGUUAUCAGAAGUCCACCGAACUGCUGAUCCGCAAGCUGCCCUUCCAGCGUCUGGUGAGAGAAAUCGCUCAAGACUUCAAGACCGAUCUGCGCUUCCAGAGCUCCGCUGUCAUGGCUCUGCAGGAGGCCAGCGAGGCUUAUCUGGUCGGUCUCUUCGAGGACACCAACCUGUGCGCCAUCCACGCCAAGAGAGUCACCAUCAUGCCCAAAGACAUCCAGCUGGCCCGCCGCAUCCGGGGAGAGCGCGCUUAAAUCCACAGCUGCUUCAGCCACAAACCCCAAAGGCUCUUUUAAGAGCCACCUAAAUCUAUCUUUAGAGAGAAUUUCCAUUAAAUGGCGAAAUAAUUUCAUGGAUAAACCUUAAGCAAUUCAGGUUUUCUGAGCCUAGACAAGAAUGUUUAGCAUUCAUUUCGUGUUUUUAGUGUGUAUGCGACGAAACUUCACUUCCGCGUUUUAAACCAGGCGGUGUGUUUUCAGUCUACGUGCAACACCAUGCCAUUCUCUGCGAUUGUUUAUGAAUAAAUCCUUGCUUAUGUCCUGUUUUAGAUGCCUUUAACCAGUGGAAACGUCCUUUUUUUAUUUUAAACGCUCUUUCCGUGGUUUUGAUGUUCCGCUACUAAAGAAGCUUGAGCUUUUUGCGGUCGUUUAUUCCCGAUGGACUGGCACACUAAAGACGUUAGACGUAAUUUAGGAUGUCUAAUUGUUUGUUAGGUGGCAAACGGAAGCGAAUAUGCUCGAAUUUAUCGAAUCUAUCGCCCAUGAUUGUGGUUUUGACUUGACUCUGUACGGAUUCGGAGGUUAAGCGUUUUCUGAAGAAAAUUCUAACGGCUUUUUUAAGAGCCACCCACGAUUUCACUCAAAGAACGAGUUUCCAAACGGUACAAUUAUCUGCAACGAAAAUCUGUUUGUAAUAUACUUAAGUUAAAAAGACUUUAGUAUUUUUUUUGUGUUCGUUUUCGCGGUUCAAAUGACAAUAUAAUGUUUUUUUU